GACAUAGAAAAGUAUCAGAGGACAGGUGAAACAGCAUCUGCCAAGUGAGGGUGACUCAGAGAAGAACACGUGAAGGCUGCCAAGAAAGAACAUGUAUUGAAUUUCAUACUAAUUCCCAGAGACAAAUGAGCAGGUAAGUCUGGGCAUAGCAGCAAUUUCAAGGUGGCUCACCGCAGUACUGGAAGGCACUACAGGGAUUUUGCUCCUUUCUCACCUGGCUCCUAGGGAGGACAUGGCCUGAGGAGGUUUUGGGAGUGCUAGGGAGAGGGAGCACAUAGACGUGGUGUUGCGAGCUGGAGCGAGGGGCCACCAGGAGCCGGCCCACAUUUUGAGAAGGGCUUCCCUACAGCGCCGGUUCCUCACAGGGAGGCGGCUGACCCACACGCCCCGGUUUUAGGCCUCGAGGCUGCCAGAGUACCCGCCGCUGUCCUGCACAUAGGAAGGGUCACGUGGGGACGGGGACACCCUCCCCAUCCAACACCGCCAGCUCCCGAUCGCGGCCCGAGCGAGUCCGCCUGCGACGCGACCCGCCGCGGCACGGCCCCUGGCGAGCAAGCGCGACACCAACACCUGCAUGGGGGCGGACGAGAUGCUGCUGCGGGUCGCCGCACCUACAGGCGGCCGCCCCGCCCCGCGCUGCCUGCUGCCACCAAUCCGCGCUCGCCUCCCACCCUCUCCCUACGCUGUUUCCGUAGUGGGUUGGUGCAGUAGCUUUCUCUGAGCCUCGGGAGCCUUAUGUGACUUGCUAGAGAAAAUGGCGGCGGCGAAUUGUACUUCGUCGUCGGGGUUAGCCUUAGGCAGCACUGCGGUGGCUGUCGCCGCCGCCGGGAGCCUGAAGGGCAGCAUAGGCACGGAAAGUGUCGUCGGGAGCGGUGGGGGGCUUCUGCGGGAGGCGGGCGGCAGUGGCUGCCGCGAGCAGUGCUCUGACUGGAGACGAAAGCAGCCGCGCAAAGUGCGGAGUGUGGAGCUGGACCGGCUGCCUGAGGCGCCUCUCUUCCUCGCCGCCUUCUUGUCGUCCUCUUCACCGGAACCUCCCGAGACGCUGCUGCUCCACUACCUGCCUGGGCCACGCUCCAGCCCCGUCAGCCCAACUGCCUCCCCCAGCCGCUGCGUCGAGUUCCUGGAGCCGCCGCCGGGGACCUACCCCUCCGCGGAGCGAAGGAUAGAGCCGUGUCCCCCCGCGAGUUGUGACAUGGAGAAUAGAGAAACCCUCAGGGGGUUGCAGAAGAUGGAUGACCGCCCAGAAGAGCGUAUGAUCAGGGAGAAACUCAAGGCAAUGUGUAUGCCAGCCUGGAAGCAUGAAUGGCUGGAAAGAAGAAGCAGGAGAGGUCCUAUGGUGGUGAAACCUAUCCCUAGGAAAGGAGAUGGAUUGGAAAUGAACAAACUCUCUCUGGAGCCUCGGGCUGAAGGACAAAGCACUGCUUUUUCACCUACACAGAAAGGAAGACGUAGUCCUUCUCCUAGUAGCUUUUCAUCAUCCUCUAGGACACUUAAAUCUGAAUCACCAGGUGUUAGAAGAAAAAGGGUAUCUCCAGUGCCUUUUCAGAGUGGACGAAUAACACCACCUCGAGGAGCCCCAUCUCCAGAUGGCUCCUCUCCAUACAGCCCUGAGGAAACAAAUCGUCGUGUCAACAAAGUUAUGCGAGCCAGGCUGUACCUGCUGCAGCAGAUAGGACCCAACUCUUUCUUAAUUGGAGGAGACAGCCCUGAUAAUAAAUACAGAGUGUUUAUUGGGCCUCAGACUUGUAGCUGUGGUCGUGGGAUGUUCUGUAUUCAUCUGCUGUUUGUUAUGUUGCGAGUCUUCCAGCUUGAACCCUCAGACCCAAUGCUCUGGAGAAAGAUGCUGAAGAACUUUGAGGUUGAGAGUUUGUUCCAGAAAUAUCACAGUAGGCGUAGCUCGAGGAUCAAAGCUCCAUCUCGUAACACCAUCCAGAAGUUUGUCUCACGCAUGUCAAAUUCUCAUACAUUGUCAUCAUCUAGUACUUCUACAUCUAGUUCAGAAAACAGUACGAAGGAUGAAGAAGAACAGAUGUGCCCCAUUUGUUUGUUAGGCAUGCUGGAUGAAGAGAGCCUAACUGUGUGUGAAGAUGGCUGCAGGAACAAGUUACACCACCACUGCAUGUCAAUAUGGGCAGAAGAAUGCAGAAGAAACAGAGAGCAACUUAUAUGUCCUCUUUGUAGAUCUAAAUGGAGAUCUCAUGAUUUCUAUAGUCAUGAAUUGCCAAGCCCUGUGGAUUCUUCUGUUCUCCAUGUGGUUCAUCAACAAAUUCAGCAGCAAUCUACAGCUGGAUCACAGAGAAGAACCCAAGAUAGCAAUUUUAACCUUACUCAUCAUGGGGUCCAGCAGAUCCCUUCUGCCUAUAAAAAUUUAGCUGAGCCAUGGAUUCAGGUGUUUGGAAUGGAGUUAGUUGGCUGCUUGUUUUCUCACAACUGGAAUAUACGUGAGAUGGCACUUAGACGUCUUUCCCAUGAUGUUAGUGGUGCUCUAUUAUUGGCUAAUGGUGAAAGCACUGGAAAUUCUGGAAGUAGCAAUGGAAACAACACAAGUGCUGGAGCUUUGGGAGCAGUUAGUGGGUCAUCCCAGACCAGUAUCUCAGGAGAUGUGGUGGUAGAAUCCUGCUGCAGUGUGCUGUCCAUGGUCUGUGCCGACCCUGUCUACAAAGUAUAUGUUGCUGCUUUAAAAACCUUAAGAGCCAUGCUAUUAUAUACUCCUUGUCAUACUUUAGCAGAGAGGACUAAACUACAGCAACUUCUCAAACCAGUUGUAGAGAUGGUAUUAGUUAAAUGUGCAGAUGCCAACAGUCGAACAAGUCAACUUUCAGUCUCAACGCUAUUGGAGAUGUGUAAAGACCAAGCAGGAGAGCUGGCAGUUGGGAGAGAAAUACUUAAAUCUGGCUCUGUUGGUAUUGGUGGUGUUGAUUAUGUCUUAAACUGUAUUCUUGGAACCCAAACUGAGUCUAGCAACUGGCAAGCGCUACUGGGGCGACUUUGUCUAAUAGAUAGACUUCUGUCGGAAAUUCCUGGUGAAUUUUAUCCCCACAUUGUCUGUGGAGGUGUUUUACAGGCUGAUACUGUAGUAGACAGGUAUAAGAAACUUCUCUCCCUCUUAAAUUUUGCCUUGCAGUCAAUUGACAGUUCCCACUCAAUGGUUGGAAAACUAUCGCGCAGAGUAUUUUUGAGUGCAGCAAGAAUGGUGGCAAGAGUGCCCCAUGUUUUUUUAAAGCUGUUAGAAAUGUUGAGUAUGACAAGCUCAACUCAUUAUGCAAGGAUGCGUCGACGUCUGAUGGCAAUAGCAGAUGAAAUGGAAAUUGCAGAUGCCAUCCAGCUAGGCAUGGAAGAAAUGCACUCUGGGGAAUGUCAACAUGAAAAAAUUUUGCAGCUACCUGUACCAGAUAACUCUUCAGAAGCUACAGAAAGUAAUACUCCUAACAAUACUGUCCAGUUAUCAAGGAAAGAUGAGAAAAGUUUAAGUGAUAAAAAACUGAGUGCCAGUCCAGAGGACACUUCUGAGAUGCUGGCUAGCCUUGCUGUGGGACUUUCAUCUGUAACCACUGAGCAACCAAAGCCAGCCAUUCAAGCAAAAGGAAAAACCCCCAAUCAGUGUUUGAACUCUUCUCCCUCAUCCAGUCAUUCUCAGUCACUAUUCCCAAUGCUUCUGUCUCCUUCAAACCCAUCUGUACUAGCUGGCACUGUAACAGAUGUCUCUAAACUCAGACCUCAGGGAUUUGUUCCCUGCCAAAUCCCCUCACCUUCUCCUCAAACACAGCAGAAACUUUCUCUCUGGUUUCAGAGAAACUGUUCUGAAAAUAAAGAACUGGAUAAACUUUCUCAAGUCCUUACCCAAGCCAGGCCAUUGCCAUCCAGUCACAUACACAGGCCAAAGCCAUCACGACCCACCCCAAGUAAUGUGAACAAGCAGGGAGAAACCUCAAACAACAGUAUGACACUUGACCUGAAUGAUAUUUUGCAGUGUGAUGGCAAUAGUAGUAGCAGUGCGGUUAUACCAAGUGAAGAGACAGUGUUCACACCAGUAGAUGAGAAAUGUCAAUUGGAUGUUAAUGCAGAGCUCAAUUCCAGUAUUGAGGACCUGCUCAAGGCCUCUGUGCCAAGAAGUGAUGGCACAGUUACAUUCAAGUCUGAAGUUGCAGUUCUUUCUCUUGAGCAGGCAGAAAAUUAUGAUACUUACAAAGAUGAUGUAAAUCAUAAUCAAAAAUGCGAGGAAAAGAUGGAAGCUGAAGAAGAGGAAGCUUUAGCUAUUGCUAUGGCAAUGUCAGCAUCUCAAGAUGCCCUGCCAAUAAUUCCCCAACUACAUGUUGAAAAUGGUGAAGAUAUCAUAAUCAUUCAGCAGGAUACACCAGAAACCCUGCCUGGACAUACCAAAGCAAAACACCAUUACAGAGAAGAUGCAGAAUGGCUUAAAGGUCAGCAAAUUGGUCUUGGAGCUUUCUCUUCCUGUUACCAAGCUCAAGAUGUAGGAACAGGGACAUUAAUGGCUAUAAAACAGGUAACAUAUGUUAGGAACACAUCAUCUGAGCAAGAAGAAGUAGUUGAAGCACUGAGAGAAGAAAUAAGGAUGAUGAGUCAUCUGAACCAUCCUAACAUUAUUCGAAUGUUGGGUGCUACCUGUGAGAAGAGUAACUAUAACCUCUUUAUUGAAUGGAUGGCAGGGGGUUCAGUUGCUCAUUUGUUAAGUAAAUAUGGAGCCUUCAAAGAAUCUGUUAUUAUUAAUUACACAGAUCAACUGUUACGUGGCCUUUCUUACCUCCAUGAGAAUCAGAUAAUCCAUAGAGAUGUUAAAGGUGCCAAUUUGCUAAUUGACAGCACAGGUCAUAGAUUACGAAUUGCUGAUUUUGGAGCUGCAGCCAGGUUGGCAUCAAAAGGAACUGGUGCUGGGGAGUUUCAGGGACAGUUGUUGGGAACUAUUGCGUUUAUGGCACCAGAGGUUCUGAGAGGUCAGCAAUAUGGUAGGAGUUGUGAUGUGUGGAGUGUUGGCUGUGUUGUUAUAGAAAUGGCUUGUGCUAAACCUCCCUGGAAUGCAGAGAAACACUCCAAUCAUCUUGCUCUGAUAUUUAAGAUUGCUAGUGCAACUACUGCUCCAUCAAUCCCUUCACAUCUGUCUCCUGGUUUGAGAGAUGUGACUCUUCGGUGUUUAGAACUUCAACCUCAGGACAGACCCCCAUCAAGGGAGCUGCUGAAACACCCAGUCUUCCGUACUACGUGGUAGCUACUUAUGUGUAAGGCUGAUUUACUGAAGAUGUUACUGAAUAUACAAUAACUGUCUUGCAGUGCAGUUAAGCACAGCAGCUUGUAUUAUUCUACUGGCCUUAAUGAUAGAUACAUCAAGGACAUAAGGCCAGUGGAGGACCCUGCCUAAGUAUGUGAUUGACAAAUUGAGAUCUUUACCUAAGCUCAGUAUGCAACAUUUCACAACUUGCGCAGAGAUUUGUAAACUGUGCCUUUUCAAACAUCUGGCUCUAUGUGAACACAAAAGCAUUUUUCCUUAAAUCUGCAUGAUUAUUUAGCAGAUAAGUGAUUUUUAUUUUAUUUGGAGCACUUUUUCAGCAAUAUUAGCAGCUGAAGAGUUCAGGAUCUCUUUUAAUAUAGCAAUUGCUGUUCCAUUUCACAUCAUGUAGACGUAAGCAGAGGAUUCUGCAAUUAUUUUUCAGCACUGUUUAAAAGGAUGUUCUGUAUCUAUCUCUCUUAAUUAUACAAAGUUUUUUGAGUAAGAAAUCCAAACAUUGAUGGAUACUUUAAAAUAACAUUUUGCAUGCCUUAAAGUAAGAGCAGGCAGUUGUGGUUCACUAUGCAUUUACUGCUUGGUCAUGUAAUUUCUUUUGAAAUUUAAGUUUGUUUUCAUUGUAUUUUUAACUUUCAGGGAAAGGUGAUCUUAUUUUAAAAUAGUCUUUAGAAAAAGCUGUAAACUGUGUCAUGGAACACCUUGCUGACACGAGUUUUAAAAACAGAUUUGCUGGAAAUCCAGAAUAAAAUAAAAUGCCAUCUUCAAGUCAGUGUUUCAGCUUCUGACAGUAUAGGCUAUUUAAAAAAAUAUGUAUGUCUUGCAUAAGGCAACUCGGUCUGAAUUGUGCUGAAAGUUGAGCCUUCUUUUCAUAUAGCAGUUUUUUCUGGCAAAUCAUGUAGAGAAAUUUCAUGUUGAAGGCCCCAAAACCAGCUCCCAUUAAAGUUUAUGGGAGACAUUGUCCUGUACUUCACUGGGAGCAGGUGCCACCUACAAGCAAAUCUCAUUCUUUGUGUAACAAAACUGAGGUCACAUUCUCCACUGAUAACAAGUUUUACCUGCUGUUUUUGUUCUGCUGUACAUAUCUAUAUACUGUAGCCAUUAGUGAUAAUUUAAUUUGAAAAUGUUAAAAAUAUUACCACAAGAAAGGUAUUUAUUUUAAGAAGAAACAAACUUGGACUUGAAAAACAAGGUUAAGUAAAAUGUAAAGCUUCACCUGUAGUGCAAAACUUGUGCUUUUAGCAGGUGUGUUUUAAAAAUUAUUUUAAAGGCAGGUUUUUAAUUUCUGAUGCAUGUAAUGCCGAAGGAAAAUGGCAGCUUUUCUUUUGCCUUUUUAAGAGAGGGGGGGUCUUUUUAAAUCAACUACUCAUUGUGUUUAAUCAAUUUUGGGGAAAAAAAAUAUUACUGUUCAUUUUUUAACUCUUCAGAAGCCAGUUGAAUUGUUGGACUGAAAUAAAUUGGUUAUUUUCAAGGACUCGGGGCAAACUAAAUAAGCUAUAGUACAUUAAAAAUGUACAAUACAAAUUGGAAGUAAAACAUCUUAAAGAUAAGUUUACAGGGAUGAUAGUGCUCGUGCUAAUAUAAAGCAGCGUCAUUAGUUGUGAAUGUGUUUCUUUUGGAAUCUUUACAUUCCUUUGUUUUGAAAGAUUGGCAGACUUUGAAGAGUUAAAGAUAAUACAGAAAUGUGAAGUUUGGUAGUUUGAACUGGUUUGUACUUGGCUUUUUUUGACCACCUUAGAAUUUCUCAUUCUAAUAAGAUUGUUUCCAAGUCUUUAUGUGCAAGCUUUAAAGGAUGCCCUCUUGCCAAUUCGUGUACUGGAAGAUCAGUUUUCAGAUUAAUACUGUUUCUAGCAGAAAUGUAAACUGUAUAAACUGAUGAAUUUCAGCUAAUCAGUAUUACUUUGUAGAUCACCAUGCCUACCACAUUUCAAACUCAAACUGCCUCUAGAUGUAUUUGAGUUUGUGUUUCCCUCAGCUUGCUGGUAAUUGUGGUGUUUUUAAAAUACAGAUGUGAUGCAAUAUUUUUAUUUUCUUUGGAUCAAAGCUGGAAUGAAAAUUUUAUUGUGUAAUUAUUUUUUGUAUGUUCUUAAUGUUAUUUAGUACUUAAGUUGUAAAUAAUGUCUACUGCUGUUUUUUCCAGUUUCUACUACCUCAGGUGUCCUAUGGAGUUUCUUCUACCAAAGUUCACUUUCACAAUGAAAUUAUAUUUGCUAUGUGACAGAUUCCCAAGACUUCCAGGCUUAAGGGCUAACUUCUAUUAGCACCUUAUUGUGCAAGCAAAUUUUACAGAAAUCUCUGGGUUAAGAAAUUUUAAUUAAGUUUUUAUCCCACUGAACCAAUUUUAUAUAGUAUAAUUUGUACCAAAGUUGAUGUUUUUUCUUAAUAGUAAAUAAAAGGUUUUGAAAAAA